CAAUGAAGCUCCAAUUUGACUCUCAGUUUUUAACAUCCAUCUUGUUUAUUGGUUUUGUUGCAUUGUUAUUUCGUUUGUACACCAGUUUGGUGCAUAAGCCAAACGUGCUACGUUCUAAGCUAAGCAAACAAGGUAUAAGUGGUCCACCUCCAACUAUACUUCUUGGAAAUCUAUUGGAUGUAAUGAAAGCUCGUCCUCGUUCUACUCCUACUACCACUCCAAAUUCUCCAUCUAUUGUCACUCACAACACUGCUUCUCUUGUCUUUCCAAAAUUUGAAGAAUGGAGGGAGCAAUAUGGUAAAUUGUUCAUGUUUUCUCUUGGAACCAUACAAGUAUUGUGUGUGAACGAAACAGACAUAGUGAAAGAACUCACCACAUGCACUUCUUUCGAUUUGGGGAUGCCUUCGACUCGCAAGAAACUACUUAAGCCUUUGUUAGGUGAUGGUAUUUUAACAGCAAGUGGAACUACAUGGGCAAAUCAUAGAAAGAUCUUAGCUCCAGAAUUAUACAUGGAGAAGGUUAAGGAAAUGGUGAAUAUCGUUAGUGAGUCUUGCGAAUCAAUGCUAAACUUAUGGAGUAGUAAAAUAGAGGCAGAAGGUGGAGUUGCAGAUAUAGAUAUUGAUGCGAACAUGAGAAGAUUCUCUGGGAAUGUUAUUUCAAGAGCGUGUUUUGGAAGCGAUUAUUCCAAGGGGGAAGAGAUUUUCUUAAAACUUGGAGCUCUCGAAGAAGUAGUUUUUUCUUGGAAAAAUCGCGCUUCAGCAAUUCCUGGCAUGAGGUACAUUCCUACAAAGACUAAUAUAAAAGCAUGGAAAUUAGAAAAAGAGGUGAAAAGUUUGAUACUCGAAGUAGUGAAAAAAAGAAAGGAAAAAACUAGUUAUGAAAAGGACAUGUUGCAAAUGCUUAUUGAAGGUAUUGAGAAAAGUAAUCUCACUCAAGAUGCAUGUGAAAAUAUUGUUAUAGACAACUGUAAGAAUAUAUAUCUGGCAGCCUUUGAAACAACUGCAGUUGCAGCUACAUGGUGUCUUAUGUUGUUGGCCUCAAAUCAAAAUUGGCAAGAUCGUGUUCGUGCUGAGGUACUACAAAUUUGCGAGGGUAGAAUACCUGAUUUUAAUAUGCUUUCAAAUAUGAAACAGCUAACAAUGGUUGUGCAAGAAUCCUUGCGACUUUAUCCACCUGUACCUUUAGUGUCAAGGCACGUCUUCAAUGACAGGAAAUUUGGGAACAUUGAUGUCCCUAAUGGCACUAACAUUUGGAUAAUGAUAAUAAGUUUGCAUACGAAUCCUGAUAUAUGGGGAGAUGAUGCAUACGAAUUCAACCCGGAAAGAUUUGCUAAUGGUGUUGUAGGUGCUUGUAAACAUCCACAUGUGUAUAUGCCAUUUGGAGUUGGCCCAAGAGUUUGUCUUGGACAGAAUUUGGCCAUUCUUGAACUUAAGAUGCUCAUGGCUCUCAUUUUAUCUAAAUUCUCUUUCUCACUCUCUCCUAGAUAUGUGCACUCACCUGUUCAGGGUCUUCUAAUGAAGCCUGACCAUGGAGUCCAGCUCCUAGUAAAGAAACUAUAAACUAUGGACAAAACAUAGGUUCACUAUUGGAUGUUAUGUUAUUAGUGAAAAUAGUGUCUAAAGCACUUUAUCUAUGGUUUUAGUCUAUAAAAUAAUUACAGAGACUUGA